AAUAAUAUUUAAAAAUAGAAUUAAUAAUAUAUUUAAAAUUUUAUUUUUAAUUUAUAUUUUACUAUUAAUGAUACAAACAUGUUUAAAUUGUAAUAUAGAAAAAUGUGAUAAAUCAUUUAAAUUAUGUAUGGAAAAGAAAUUAUGUGAAUGUAAUUCAACUUCAACACAACCGGUUCACAAUCCAAAUAAAAUAAAUGAUGAAAAUAAUAAAAAUUCUAAUAAUAUUAAAAAUCAUAAUAAAAUCAAUAAUAAUAAUAAUAAAAAACAAAAUAAUAAAAUGAAUAGUAAAUUAAAAUCAUCUAAAUCUAAAAAUGAUGCUAUUAUUGAUACUGCUACUACAACUGGAGCACCAUCUAUUAUUACAAAAGAAUCAAAUAAUACAUUUGGAGAACUUAAAUUAAAAUGUCGUCCAUCAAAGAAUUGUUUUAAAUGUAUGGGUGAUAUAUAUGCUGAAUGUUGUAAUUGUGUUGAUGGUUUAUGUCCAAAAACAUUACUUAAAGAAGAUUUAUCACGUAUAUCUCAUGUUGGUGAUUUUCGUGGUGAACGUAAUUUAUUUAAUGCUAUUACAAAAAAAUCCGAUUCUAUAAAUACAAAUGAUGAAUGGAAAAUAUUUACAUUUCCAAAUGAUUUAAGUGCAUUUACUGUAAAUUUAAAUACAAAUGAAAUAAAUGAAUUAUCAUCAAGAGAAACAAAUAUCUGUACAGUAUUAUUUAUGGAUAAAUGUUUAUCAUCUAAUCAAUGUGUUAAAACAUGUGAAAGUUUAGGAGCUAAUUCAUAUCGAUGGUUUCAUAAUGGUUGUUGUGAAUGUAUUGGAGAAUAUUGUUUAAAUUAUGGUAUAAGUCGUAGCCAAUGUAAAAUAUGUGGUAACGAAGAUACUAAAGAAGGUGGCGGUGAUGAUGAUAACGAUGAUGAAGAUUAUUUUGAUGAAAAAGAUGAAUUGUAAUGAGUUCUGUUUUUUUUUUUUUGUGAAAAAAAUCAAUAUUACAUUAAAACAAAAAUUAUCUUUUUACUGAAUAUCAAAUAUACAGAAAAACAAAAAA